AUGAGGCGACCUCCAGCGAAGCUUUGCGCAGACUGCGUCCCAUGCGCGGUGCGGCGCACUCAUGGCGCGCGGGUUGCGCCGUUGCCCCGAAACGUUGCGGAAACUUCGCUCGGUAUGCGACCGAUGGCAUACUCGACUUUGACGAGGCUGCCCAGGAGGACUGAGUUGAACCCGUCUGUUUCUGCGAAUUUGAUCGCGGUGCCGGUCCUGCGGAAGCGGGGUCUGGCUACCGCUGCUGAGGGGGUUGUGCAGGAGGAGGUUGUCUCGGAGACGAAACCGUCGGGUCCGCCUGUGGAUGGACCGAUGAGGGAGUAUGAGGUGCGAGUGCAGGAGGGUCGACUACGGGAUGAUCCGUAUCAGCGAGGAAUCAUUCAGAACCUCCAGGAUCUCUUCGAAGCACUGAAGCACUACAAUGCACCCGCCGUCAUCCACCCCAGCGUCGAAUCGCUAGACCCACAACCGAAGAAGUCCUUCUUCGGCUCGUUGUUUGGCUCCGGCGCCAACAAGCCUGCCACCUCUACGACGCCUGAGGGUCUGCCCAAGGGUCUGUAUAUGUACGGUGAUGUGGGCUGCGGCAAGACCAUGUUGAUGGACUUGUUCUUUGAUACGUUGCCGCCGAAUAUCAAGACCAAGACUCGUAUCCAUUUCCAUAAUUUCAUGCAGGAUGUACAUAAGCGCAUGCAUGUGGUUAAGAUGAAGUUUGGUAAUGACUUUGAUGCGUUGCCGCUCGUUGCGGCUGAUAUUGCGGAGACGGCGAGUGUCUUGUGUUUUGAUGAGUUUCAGUGUACGGACGUUGCGGAUGCGAUGAUUUUGCGCAGACUGCUUCAAUUCCUCCAAUCCCACGGCGUCGUCCUCGUCACGACAUCUAACCGUCAUCCGGACGAUCUAUACAAAAACGGCAUUCAGCGCGAAUCCUUCAUUCCUUGCAUCACACUUCUCAAAACUGCUCUGAACGUUAUCAACCUCAACUCUCCAACCGACUAUCGCAAGAUCCCCCGUCCUCCAGCUGCUGUCUACCACCACCCUCUAGGCGCAGACGCCGAUCAGCAUGCCCGCAAGUGGUUCGAUUUCCUGGGCGAUCCUAUCAACGACCCACCCCACGAGGCUACCCAGGUUGUCUGGGGCCGCAAGAUACAAGUCCCACAAGCCAGCGGCAAGGCAGCGCUAUUCACCUUUAACCAAUUAAUCGGCACGGCCACAGGCGCGGCGGAUUACCUGGAACUAGUCCGCCACUACGAUGCAUUCAUCGUUACAGACGUGCCGGGUAUGAACCUGAACCAACGCGAUCUCGCCAGACGCUUCAUCACCUUCAUCGACGCCGUAUACGAAAGCAGGGCAAAACUAGUCCUCACAACCGAAGUCCCCCUAACAAACCUCUUCCUCUCCCAAUCCGACGUGCGAGACUCCCUAGGCGAAGGCGACCACUCCGAUCUCUCGGACGCAAUGCGCAAUCUCAUGGACGACCUGGGUAUGUCUGUGCAGGCGUUGAAGAAUACGUCUAUUUUUAGCGGUGACGAGGAGCGGUUCGCGUUUGCGCGGGCGUUGUCGAGACUUGCGGAGAUGGGGAGUAGAGAGUGGGUUGAGAGGGGGUUGGGGGUUGGCAAGAGUGAAGUUGAGGGGUUGCAGGAGAGGGAGGCUUGGUUGAAGACUAGGAGUCAUUGGAGUGAGGAUAAUAUGUAG